AUGGUAGCUAAGAAAGUACUAAUAUCAAGUAUAUUUCUCAUACUUAUUGUGGGGGUGGUCAUUGGACUGGUUGCCGUAUUCGUUCACAACAAUGCGAAGAAGUCCGGACAAGAGAGCCUAUCGGAACAAAUGAAACUGGUGAUCCAAAUGUGUAAUUACACAGACCACCACACAGAAUGUCAGCAAUCUCUUAGCCCGGUGGCUCAAAACAGCAGCGCUGGUGUCAAGGACUACAUGAAAGCUGCCUUGCUGUCCAUCUCCGACCAAGCACAAAACUCCCUCAACAUGACAGAGUCUCUCUUGGUUGAGGCCAAAGACGGCACCAGAAUCAAGAGGUCCAUUGAGGAAUGCAAUGACCUAAUGAAAGAAGCCCGUGACGAGCUACAGGCUUUGGUGUCGUAUGUUAAUGAUGUUGAGUUGGAAACUAUGAAUGACCGCGCAUUGGAGCUCAGAAUCUGGAUCGGUAGUGUGAAUAGCUACGCCGGAACAUGCAUGGAUGUAAUUGGAGAUGACGACCGUAAGCUAAAUGAGAAUGCAGUCACCGAAAAUGGCAGUAACAGCAGGCGGCUUAUGGGUGAAAUUCUAGAGGAAGAUAUCCCUAAAGAUGAAUACCCAAGCUGGAUGUCUCGCGCAGACUGCAAGCUUAUGGCCAAGCAAGACAAUGGCAGGAUUAUGCCUAAUGUUAUUGUAGCUCAAGACGGCAGCGGGCAAUUCAGAACCAUUAACGAGGCACUGAGGGCUUACCCUAAAGGCAACCAAGGGCGCUUCGUUAUUUAUGUGAAGCAGGGAGUGUACAAGGAGACUGUCAUCAUCGACAAAACCAUGGUGAACAUAUACAUGUAUGGUGAUGGCCCCAGAGCCACUGUCGUCACCGGUAACAAGGGAGAGGCGAACACCGGAGAUAAAAUAUCUACCAGCGGCACCUUCCAAGUUUACGCUAGUGGAUUCAUUGGGAGGUCAAUGGGAUUCACCAACGGCGCCGGUCCGGAAGCAAGACCCGCCGUGGCUCUCCGCACUUCCGGGGACAUGAUUGGCAUCUUCAACUGUAGAAUCAGUGGAUACCAAGACACCUUGUACAUGAACAUUGGACGUCAGUUCUUUAGGAAUUGCGUCAUUUCAGGACAUGUUGACUGUAUCUUCGGGGAUGCUAGGGUGGUCAUCCAAAACUCUUUGAUCAUCGUGAGGAAGUCGUCGAUGAAGAACCAGAACCAAGCCUUCAUCACUGCUCCAGGACAACAAACCGGACACGAAGUCGGAGCCACCGUGCUGCACAACUGCAGAAUCGUGCCGGAAGAAGCACUCUUCCCCACGAGGUUCGCAGUGAGAACAUACUUGGGGAGGCCAUGGAAAACCUACGCUAGGGCUGCGUUCAUAGAGUGCACAAUAGCUGACUUCAUCAGACCUGAAGGGGUUAUCGCAUGGGACGGUAACGACUUCAACACUCAACACUCCUUCUUUGGUGAGUUCAAGAACCGCGGACCUGGUGCCAACAUAGCCAACAGGGUGAAAUGGCCGAAGGGCGGCUUCACCGGCGAGAUGGAUGGGAAUACUGCUGCGAAAUUUACCGUUGAUUCCAUGCUAUUACCAGACACAUGGUUGAAGAUGGCAACUAUUCCUUACUUACCUAGCUUCGCACAUGCUUAA